GAACCGCUUCAGACACGGACACGGAUUGCGCGCCUUUGGAGAGAAACCCGGACACCGAGACCCCAAGACCCGAGACACCGAGAGACUGAGACCCCAAGACCCAGAGGGACAGAGACCCGAGACCCCACGACACCAACGAGACCCAAAGACCCCGAGAGACCGAGACCUAAGACCCCGAGACCCCGAGAGACCAGAACUGAGGACCAGCAGCGGAUACUAAAGGAACCGCGAUGCUGCACACCACCGGUCCGUCGCUGCUGCUGCUGCUCGCGCUGUGUGCGGGGGGGUGGUCCCAGGGGGCGUGGUCCCGCACCGUGGAUCUGCCCCCCUCCUCCAUAAGGCAGAGCCGGCACGCAGACGGCCUGUUCACCAGCGGCUACAGCAAGCUGCUGGGCCAGAUGUCAGCUCGCAGGUACCUGGAGUCCCUGAUGGGCAAGCGGCUCAGUGAUGAGGGUUUUGUGGGAGAGGCGGCCAAGCGCCACACUGACGCCAUCUUUACUGACAACUACAGCCGCUUCAGGAAGCAGAUGGCUGUGAAGAAGUACCUUACUGCCGUCCUCACAGGGAAGAGGAGUCUGGAAGACUCAACGGCCUUCCAAGAAAACUUUGAGGACAUGGAUCACCUGAUCAACCGCUAUCAGCUGCCCCUCUGAGGUCUCCAUCCCAGAAGAACACAUCUCCCUCUCUAUCUAUAUAGAUCUAUAUCCCCCUCUCUAUCUAUAUCGAUCUCUAUCUCUCUCUCUGUCCAUAUGGAUAUAUAUCUCUCUCUCUCUCUGUCUGUAUAUGUAUUGUAUAUGUAAUGUUUGUGUUUUCAGUCAACAAACAUGUUUACAUUGUAUAUAAAUUGGACCAUAGGAAGGUGUUGAACGCUCAUCACGUAAAUAUUAUAUUUGAUUAUAAUAUUCGAAUAUAAAUGGUACAUCUGAUCUAUGAAUACUCAUGAGGGCACCUUACAUCAGACUUCCAACUCUCUGGACGUCACCCUGAUAUACAUUUAGUGUAUAAUAUAUAUUUAAUAUGCUGAACAUGCUAAUACUUACCUUU